GCCUCAAACACCCAAUCACCGUUGAGUAACCAAGAGUCGCGGUGCAGAUUUAAAAGUAAAAUUAAUCUCGUCAACACAUUUUGGACAGAAAAAAGACGCGAUAUUCAAUCGAGCGUGAUGCACGGCGGCCUCAUACCACACUGUGAAGAACUUUGGGAUCAAACGCUUAGGGUGAAUCGACAACAUCAUGAGGACCGUCUCACAGAUGCCACUCGGACCGCGUGAUCCGAUUUCUGCAAGACUGUGACGGGAUCGUCCUGCCCCACACCAGGACUGCUCAACCCCAAUACAGAUAGUGAAGUUGAGCAACAUUUCCCGGGAUUAUGCUGAGCAUCCUUGCAGCUGGCUCCAUAUUUUUCCCAGGCCUUUUUCUCCUGUCCAAGCGAAUCCUAAAACAGGGGCUCAAGUGGGGCGAGAAGGAUGCCGUCAUCGUCUCAUCCAGACUGGUAUCCUCCAUUCAAGCCAUUAUGGCAUCCUCUGCUGGCUAUAUCAUCGCCUAUUCAUGUAAAGACAUCAUCGAGGACCAGCAUUGGCUCACCAGCAGCUACAUCCUCUUCGCUGUCCCAUACUUUGUCUAUGACAUCUACGCCAUGUUCAUGUGCCACUGGUACAAGCUUCAGGUCAAAGAUCCCGUGGACGAUAGCGAGACCAAACCAAUGAAGUCAGCCAUCGGCGGCUACCUGCGCAGAGAGUUCCUUAUGGUCUUGCACCACGUCGUCAUGGUUACCGUCUGUUUCCCUGUCUCCGUGUUCUGGAGACAGGGUAAGGGGGAUUAUUUCCAGGGUGUGAUGUUCAUGGCAGAACUCAGCACUCCAUCUGUUUGCCUGGGAAAAAUACUCAUCCAGUACAAGCAGCAACACACUCUCCUUCAUAAAGUCAAUGGAGCUCUUAUGCUGGUCACUUUCUUCAUCUGCAGAGUUCUUCUCUUCCCCUACCUCUACUACGCCUAUGGCAGGUAUGCCUCCAUCCCCUUCUACAUGGUGCCGCUGUCUGUGCCCUGGCAGUGUAACGCUGGCGCAGCUCUGCUCAUGGCCCCACAGGUCUACUGGUUUUCCCUCAUCUGCAGGGGCGCCUUCCGUCUCUUCACCGGAGCCUCGCGCCACAGAAGGGCCCCCAGCAGCACGGACUCUGAGCCUAAAACUUCAUUCCUGCCCCCUGCCAACGGAUACAGCCCUAGAGAGACCGACUCGCACUGAGGAGAGGGGUAGAUAGAGGGAGGUGGUAGGCACAAGGUUCUUAGAUUAAAGUCUCGGUAAAGAGAGGAGUCAACAGACAAAUGAACUGUGAAGAUGUGUGCGUCCGUUAUUUACCCUCUUCCUCUCCUUAAGAAUCCUGCAAGCAAACCUGCACACCAAGCAAACAUGCAGAUCGCCUUUGUUCGAGGAAACCCGAUCCACUGCAUUGCAGGGUUAUCGCAUCAUUUGUAGAUUACCAUUAUCAUACAAGCUUUAGAAAAAACAGGUGUGGAUAUGAAACAGUGUUUGAAAAUAAGUGACGGAUGGAAAUGCAUACAUCACUUCUCAUUUCCUCUCUUGAGUCUCUCUGCCACUCUUCGUUUGUCUGUUUUGCAGUUGCGGAAAAGGGAACAGCGAUUUCUCGGCCAGUUUGUACAUAUGUUUUAAUAUUUAUGUUGAACUUCAUAGAUCUAUUUAUUUUAGACUUUUGUAGAAUCUGUUAAUUUAUCAUUUUUUUAGCUAUAUUCCUCAUGGGUAGAUCCAGUUAAAUGCAAAGCCGCACAUGCUAUGGAAAACAGCAGUUAUUUUAUUAUUCAGUCACCGAGUCACUGGCCUGGUGCCAGCUCUCCCAGUUCUCCAUCUCAUCCUGUUUUCCCUGUUCCGGCCGCUUAUCACACGACUGAAAACGAAAUGGAAGCCGCUGCAUGCAGUUUGAUAGUGAAUCAGCAGUUAUGAAGGAGGAGGGGGGGGUCAUUUAAAGGAUUUGGAUGUUGCUGAGGUAAUGCUUUAGCAUAUCUGCACUGCAUUACUCCAAUCCUUUUAAGAUCGUUGGACAGAGGAGGCAGGGAACGAGACGCACGUUAAAAGUGUGCACUCGAAUACCAAGCUGUACUUGCCAAGACACUUGGACAGACCUCAGGCAAUCGAUCUGUAGAGUUUUGUACUCGGUCCUUUCAGCAGAUUUCCACACGACUAAAUAGACUCUGUGCUACCACUAAAGUGAUUGUAAUCGACACAUUGAAUUGGUAGCUGCACAUUUAUUCUCCACCCUUUUCCGUGAGAUCAUUCUUAACGUCCAAAUACGUCCUAACAGCCAAAGGUACACUGAUGAAGUGUGAUGUCAUCAAUUAAUUCUCACCUAGUGUCAUCGGUGUAAGAAUGAUCUUUUAGCAACUCUUCCCUUAGGCCUGCUUGUCUGUUGCGCUGUACUCACAGACGGGGCUGUCAGCUUGAUGUUCAACAGUAUUAUUGGUUUCUGAACACAGGGAAACUUGCACUGAAUUCUCACAAGGCGCGGUGCUAAACAAACACGCACGUCUGUUUUGAGACACCUGGAGGCAGUGCAUAGAGAGAUCCUCUCAGAUGUGAGUCUAGGGUUUAGUUCUUGACCACUAUGAUUGAAGUCUUACAAUAGAUUAGUCAUGUUUCUAUUGCUCAAUUUUAAUUUGGGAAUUUACACUUGGAGCUUAUGCCCAAAGGCAUCAAUGUAGCCUUAGAGAUAUUGCAUUCAACAUACUCUUAAAGUACCAUUGGAUUGUUUCACACUAGGGCAUCACAACACUUAUACUAACUGUUUAUUUAUUCUAAUUAUUUAUGUAUUUAUUGGACUGAAUGUACAUAUGAAUACACAUUUAAAUGUUCUUCUGAGUGGACUUAUUUUCCUGUAGUUGCCUGAAGACUGUUCUGUAAUUCUGAUUCUCCCAGCUCAAAUAUACUCUGCUCUCCUGCUGUG